AUGGCUAAUGACUCUUUUAUCUUCCAGCAUUUUGAGGAAAAAAUUCGUGAAGAUAUAAAAGGAUUGGAAUUGGAGUAUACUACAAACCUUGAAUUUCUUAGAUCCAUUGACCUUUCAAGGAAUCAUAUCACUGGAGAGAUCCCAUUAGAAGUGAUGAGUUUGUGUGCAUCGAUUAAUCUAAAUCUUUCUAGAAAUAAUCUGAGUGGGACUAUCCCUCUGACAAUUGGCAGUCUGAGCAAAAUUGAAUCUCUUGAUUUGUCAAUGAAUGCACUCUCCGGUCCCAUUCCUCAAAGUUUAUCAUCUUUGAAUUUUUUGAGCUAUCUGAAUCUGUCAUUUAACAAGUUAUAUGGAAGAAUAUCAACGGGAUAUCAACUCCAGACCCUCGAUGAUCCAUCCAUUUACAUUGGGAACGGAGGACUUUGUGGUGUCCCGCUUUUGAAGAGUUGUCCUGGUGAUGAUAAACCGUCAUUUGUUAAUCAACCUACAGAAACCAAAUUAACCAAGGAUAAUCAUGAGCUUUUGAUGUGGUUCUACGCUGGUUUGGGACCUGGUUUCUUUGUUGGAUUCAUUGGAGUAUUAUGUACUCUAUUGUUCAAGACAUCUUGGCGCUAUACAUAUUUCAAAUGUCUGGAGAUCACUUUCAACAAAGUGUUAAGUGGCAUUUCAAUUAAACGGAACAGGCGUUGAUGGCAUUGAGGGUUUCCUUUGCGAUAAACGAACUUGUUGCUUAUGUGUAUGUACUUCUGGCAAUAUAUGUUGCAGUAGCAAUAUGAUCGGUGCUUUAGUAUGUGUUUUGUAAUAAUUUGAUUGCCAUAUAUUGGAUUCUCAAUCUGUUCUCAACAGAUUCUGUUGGUC